GAUCAGUCUGACAUAACCUUCCUACUCCACCUUGAACGCUGUCCAUCUGUUGACAGUGUCGUCAUUCAUAUAUCAAACACCCACUCUUCUGAUACCCAUCGCAACGAGACGAUCUUCAUUCUCCAUUCAACUCAAGAUCACACUCCUCGACCAAGUCUUCUUGAACAGCACCUUUCGGCUCUGACGCGAAUCCAAAGAAGCAAGAGGACCGAACAGAGACAAUCCUCUCACCCUCAACUACAAAUAAUACAACACAUUCACAAUGACGUUCCGAUCACGGUCCAACUCAGGCAAUGAGUCUGGCUAUGCCAGUGGCAGUUCGACUGCCAACCUCUCCGAGACCUACUUCUCCAGACCACACCUCAAAUUCCUCAACCAACAACUUAACAAACUCUCGCCCCAAGAGGUCCUGAAAUGGUGCAUCACUUCCCUCCCCAACCUCUACCAGACAUCAGCCUUUGGCCUGACUGGCCUGGCGAUCAUGGACAUGAUUUCCAAACUCGACUACCCUACCACCACCUCAUCCUCCGAUUCAGAACCCGCGCCCUCACAAUCUCCCGCCUCCAUCGAGAUGAUCUUCCUCGAUACCCUCUACCACUUCCCCCAGACCCUCGACCUCGUCUCCCGGGUACAACAACGCUACCCGCACAUCAAAAUCCACACCUUCCGCCCGCUCGACUGCGACACCACCGCGGCCUUCGAGUCCAAACACGGUGAGCGCCUCUGGGAGACCAACGACGAGCUCUACGACUACCACGCCAAAGUCGAGCCCGCCGCCCGCGCCUACCGCACCCUCGGCGUGCAAGCCGUCAUCACCGGCCGCCGCCGCAGCCAGGGCGGCAAGCGCGGCGACCUGGACAUCGUGGAGAUCGACGACACGGGGUUGAUCAAGGUGAACCCGCUGAUCAACUGGAACUUCAAAGAGGUGCAAUCGUACAUCACCGCGAACUCCGUCCCCACCAACGACCUCCUCGACCAGGGCUACCGCAGCGUCGGCGACUGGCACUCGACCGUGCCCGUCACGGACUCGGAAGACGAGCGCGCCGGCCGCUGGAAGGGAAAGAACAAGACCGAGUGUGGAAUCCACAACAAGAAGAGCCGAUAUGCCAUCUUCCUCCAGGAACAGGAGGAGAAGCGACAAGCGGAGCUGAGCGAGGCCAUCCAGCAGGGUCUCUCCACUAACGCACUAUAAUUUGCACAGACACACCGAAGAGAGAAAAGGAAAUACGAUCGGUAGCGUUGUGUGCGGUGCGGAGAGAGAACAAAAAAAGCCUUUGCUUCUUACUCUUCUUCUUGCUUUUGAUUUUUGCCCUGCCGUUUGCUGGUGGUGGGGCCGCUUUCGCCCGCCCGCCGCCCGCAAUUCUCCGCACGCCAGACGCGAAAU